AUGAGAAUGAAAUACAGUGAGCUUGCAUAUACUGCACUUUCACCUAUAAUUGUCUUGGGGUUAUCUGUAAUUGGUCUGGUUAUAUACUCAAAGAGUCUUUUCUUGGAGAAAACACCAAUUACAAAGCAAAAUAAAGAGUCUUUACCGGGUGUCUACAAGAAGGGUGUUAUCUUUGUCAUGGAUGGAGUCAGAGCAGAUGCAAUCCAUGCAGUAAUCCCAGAGAAAGCCACUCUCUACCAUAAUAAUUUCUCUGUUCUAGAAAGAAUCCCAAAGAAAGACAUUUUCAAAGCUGUUAGCAUUGCAGACCUCCCAACUGGAACUGCAAUGAGAAUAUUAUCAACCUUCUCUGGGAUACCUACUACCCUUCUGUCAGCCCAAAGGUCAUUCAACAAACAAAGCAGCAAUGUGGAUAAUUUCAUCUCACAACUGCAGCUGCACCAGAAGUCAUUUAUAUUCUAUGGUGAUGAGACAUGGACAUAUCUAUUCCCAGAGAUCACUCCAAAUAUUGGUGAAUCAUACCAUCCAUACGGUCUGAUUCCUUUCUCAGAAGAAGAAAGAAUAAUUGACUCUGCCUUGCUGGCAUAUGAAAACCAUGACUACCUUAUUAUUCAUAUGAUAUCCCCAGACUCAUACGGGCACGUGCAUGGAACAAAUAGCAAAGAAGUGAAAAAAGCCCUUCAGAUUAUGAAUAAUGCACUCUCCAGGUUAUAUGAUACAAUGACUGAUGACUCUUUCAUUGCUGUCUUAUCUGAUCAUGGUGUAAAUAAUGAUGGUUCCCAUGGUGGAUCUUCCAUCCAGGAGAAAGCAUCUUCUUUCAUCUUCAUUGCACGGGAUAUUUCAGAGAGAACAACGACAGCCUCUCAGGAAAGACUCAUUCAAAGGAAGUAUGAAGGCGAAUUAUCUUCACUAUUUAUAUCUGAGCCUGUGAAUAUUAUCUCACAGAAUGAUAUUCUCCCUACACUCUGUGGUCUUAUUGGCUUGGGUGUACCUUAUAAUUCUUCUGGAAUUAUUUUGCCUGUCAUUCCAGAAGAAAGAAAGGAUAUUUAUGCACAGGAGCAUGAGAGACAGAAAAGAACACUUUUUGAAUUCUAUGGAAAGAAAUACCUGGAAACAUAUCUGAAUAAACUGUCAAAAGUACCUGAAAAGUACAGGAAUGAAAUGAUGGCAGACCAUAUCCAUAGGAUAUUUCAUAAGUCAUCUAAACUUGGGAUGAUUAUUGGGCUAUUAUUCAUGGGAUUAGGCCUUCUAUUCCAGGUUAUUAGUAUACCUGGGAAUGUACUUUGUAUAUCCUUUGUAGCUUCAAUUCUGGCAAUUUUCAUGGUAGCCCAUUCUGUUUAUUCAAUUAUCCAUGAGGAUAUUAUCUCUUUAUUCAUGUGCAUCUUCUUAAGUUGGCAGUCAUUGUGGUCUGUCUUUGUGCUUGUAGCCCUUCCAGUUGUCUCUUUUACUGCAGGAGAAUUUCCUUUGCAUGCAAUGGACAGAUUCUGGAUUAUUCACUGGAUUAAAAAGAUUCCAUCCAGGUAUCCAGUGCCCUUGUUAGAGAAAGGUCUUCUUCUCUCUUCUUUACUUUGCUUGGGGGUACGGUUUAUUUCACCAAAGUCUGCAGUGCGAAAUUUAAAGGACGCUGGCUCUGUUCUAUUCGCAGUCAGCCAGAUUUUUUCCUUAGGGAUUCCUCAUAUUAGCCGAUCUAUUCUGCUAGUCCUAGCACCAGAGAUUCUUCCUGUUCUUCUGUAUGCACCGUACCCAGCACUAGCAUUUAUUUAUAUUUUCUGUCCAAUUAUUAAAAAGUGUGCAGUUGCAGAGAUGGGCCAGCUACAAAAAGGAUGCUUUUUGUUUUUUCUGAUAAAAAUAAUGUUUUUUGUAACAGGGCACAACCACGCACUCUCUUCCAUCAACUGGGAGGCAGCCUUUCUUUUCUCCAGGAAAAGUAUCCCUGGUGUAUCUGCCAUAUUUGUUGGUCUAGACUUACUUAUGCCAUUUAUAUACACUGUGUAUACAGUAGGAAAAGACUGCAGAAAAGCAGUUUCUGUGAUUGUUCUUCUCCAGGGAAUAUGCGCUGUGCUUGGGUGUGCUGUCAACUUCUGGUUCCUAGGGCAGUCUUUAAUGUGGUUUAUAUUCACAGGGAGAACUGUCUUUGAGUCAUUCUUCUUUAUUUCAUUCCUGGCUGUGCAGUCUCUUCUGACUAUUUGGACAGUUAUCCGUCCAAAGCACCCUUAUAUAGACCAAGACAAACCCAUUGAAGUCUCAAGAACCCUAAGAGAAACCUGGCAUGAUAUAUCCACAUGUGAUAUUCACUCCAAAGUUAAAAAAGGUCUCAGUAAGCUCUAA